GUAAAUAGAUAUCGAUGUUGUGCGAUAAACACUAAUCGACAUAUUUACUCAUCCCUAACUGACUCUUUUCGUGGUGCGGACGCAAUCUGCAAACUCGUGGCGAAAUUUGUGUAUUAAGUUUUCGUUGACCAUUUGCAUAGCAAAACAAGAUGCCGGGCGUUGAAACAAUCAAAUCCAGUUGGGCCGAUGAGGUGGAGCUCGAUUACGGCGGUUUGCCACCAACAACGGAGACAAUUGAAAAUGGCCACAAGUAUGUGACCGAAUACAAAUACAACAAGGAUGACAAGAAAACGAAAGUGGUGCGCACCUAUAAAAUCUCCAAGCAGGUGGUGCCCAAGACCGUUGCCAAGCGUCGCACCUGGACCAAAUUCGGGGAAUCGAAGAAUGAUAAACCCGGUCCCAAUUCGCAAACGACAAUGGUAUCCGAAGAAAUCAUCAUGCAGUUCCUCAACUCCAAGGAGGAUGAGAAGGCCAACGAUCCGCUCUUGGAUCCGACCAAGAACAUUGCCAAGUGUCGUAUUUGCAAUGGCGAACAUUGGUCCGUCAACUGUCCGUACAAAGGCACUGCCAUGGAUACGAAUCUUAUGGAGAAGAAGGCGGCAGCGGCGGCAUCAGCAGCCGUGGAUGCACCCAAGUCGGGCAAAUAUGUGCCACCAUUCCUCAAGGACAGUCAAAAGGGUGGCAUGGGAAUGCGUGGACGCGAUGAUACGGCCGCCAUUCGCAUCUCCAAUCUGUCCGAAUCGAUGACCGAGGCCGAUUUGGAGGAGCUGGUCAAGAAGAUUGGACCACAGAGCAAGAUGUACCUGGCCCGCGACAAAAACACCGGACUCUGCAAGGGAUUCGCCUACGUGCACUUCAAACAGCGCAAGGAUGCGGCUGCGGCCAUUGAAAUUCUCAAUGGUCACGGCUAUGAUCACUUGAUCCUCAGCGUCGAAUGGUCCAAGCCACAGAACAACUAGAUCACGACCUGCGCCGUGUAAUGUGUGUGUGUGUAUGCCAGGCUACCAAGGACAGGAUGGAGUAAUUCAAAAGCCGAACAACAUAGGUUUUUAAUUUGAUUUUUUUUUUUUUUGGUUUAUAUUUCCACUUAUAGAAAGCCUGAUGCAUAACGCAUGUGUUAAAGUAAAUAGUACGUGGUAUCUAAGCUAUAAGUUUGCUAAAAAUACAUAAACAAAAAUAAAAAAAGGUUCUGACGGCCCGUCAAAAAA